AUGGAGAUGGCCUCGUACCAAGAAAAUAUCGGGGCACUAGAGAUCCCUGAGGGAAACGACGCAUCAGAUCCCAUGGUGGGGUUGGCGGAAAGGCGAGGAAGCCUUACAAGUGCACCAUCUGUGGGGUGCUCGGCCACAACCAGGCAGCAUGCCGAUUAG